GCUACUCCCAUUUGUACGCAACAACAUCCCCGUCCUCCCCUAUUCCCCAAGUUCCCAUCGCCAAUUGACUGGCUCCCACUCCUUUGAUCGAUCAAGAUAGUCUAAAGCACCAUAAUCAUGUGGUAUACAGUGAUAUUGUUGUCAAGAACUCACGCAAUUACUCACUGCGAAACCUAGUAUCACAAUUCGCAUCGGAUUCGAUUCAAUCGGUAAUAUUACGCCUUUGAAUUGGAUUAACCAUGGGAAACAAGAUCGCGCGUACGACGCAAGCUUCGGCGACGGAGUAUUACCUCCACGACUUACCGUCUUCGUACAAUUUGGUGCUUAAAGAGGUGUUGGGAAGAGCACGGUUCCUGAAAUCCAUUCAGUGUAAGCAUGACGAAGGGUUGGUUUUAGUCAAGGUUUAUUUUAAGCGUGGUGACUCGAUUGAUCUUCGGGAUUAUGAACGACGAUUGUCUCAGAUUCGUGAGAUCUUUAGCCGUAUGGAGAAUCCUCACGUUUGGCCAUUUCAGUUUUGGCUGGAGACUGAUAAAGCUGCUUACUUAUUGAGACAAUAUUUCUUCAAUAACCUCCAUGAUCGACUCAGUACACGCCCUUUUCUUAGCCUUGUUGAGAAGAAAUGGUUGGCUUUUCAGUUGCUUUAUGCAGUGAAACAGAGUCACGACUAUGGAGUUUGUCAUGGUGAUAUUAAAUGUGAGAAUGUUCUGGUUACUUCUUGGAACUGGCUUUACCUUGCUGAUUUUGCAUCAUUUAAACCAACCUAUAUCCCACAUGAUGAUCCCUCUGAUUUCUCAUUCUUCUUUGAUACUGGAGGAAGGAGACGAUGCUAUCUUGCACCAGAGAGAUUCUAUGAGCAUGGAGGUGAGAUUCAAGUUUCACAAGAUGCACCUUUAAGGCCUUCAAUGGACAUCUUUGCUGUUGGGUGUGUAAUUGCUGAACUUUUCCUUGAAGGUCAACCCCUCUUUGAACUAUCACAACUACUUGCAUAUAGAAGGGGUCAAUUUGAUCCUAGUCAACAUUUGGAGAAGAUUCCAGAUUCAGGAAUCCGCAAGAUGAUUCUCCAUAUGGUUCAACUUGAUCCUGAUUCCCGUUGUUCUGCUGAAAGCUAUCUCCAAACCUAUGCAGGUGUUGUUCUUCCAAGCUACUUCUCUCCAUUCCUCCAUAACUUAUACUCCAAUUUGAAUCCCAUCAAUCCUGAUUCCAGGGUAGCAAUGUGCCAGCUGUCUUUCCCUGAAAUACUCAAACAGAUGUUAAACAACAAAUCAGGCGAGGACACCAUUGGAAUAAACAACUUCUCCACAAAUGUUGUUACAAAUCGCCGAUUGAUGGAUUCCAAACAAAAUGUAAGUUUUCCCAAAAUACCCUCACACACAGAGGACAAGAAAAACUCUCAAAACAACCAACAAUUUGGCAUUCGAUCCACCAAAAAGCUACUCAGAACAAUCUCAAAUGUAUUCGAAAGAAACCACCAUCCACACACCCGAGAAAUCACAGUAAGUGAUCUGAACUCUUUCAUGUCCGAUUACGACAACCAAUCCGAUACUUUCGGAAUGCCGAUUUUACCCCUACCACAAGACAACAUAAGCUGUGAAGGCAUGGUUCUAAUCGCCUCACUCCUCUGUUCCUCUAUCCGCAAUGUCAAAAUGCCACAACUCAGACGUACAGCUGUCCUUUUACUAAAAUCAUGUUCAUCAUACAUUGACGAUGAAGAUCGAUUACAACGUGUUCUUCCAUAUGUAAUCGCCAUGCUGUCAGAUCCUUCUGCAAUUGUAAGAUCAGCAGCUUUGGAAACUUUAUGUGACAUUUUGCCCUUGGUCAGAGAUUUCCCUCCAAGUGAUGCAAAAAUCUUCCCUGAAUAUAUUCUCCCAAUGCUUUCAAUGCUUCCAGAUGAUCCUGAAGAAAGUGUACGUAUAUGCUACGCGAGUAACAUUUCCAAACUUGCCCUUACUGCUUAUGGAUUCUUAAUCCACUCCAUAAGCUUAACAGAAGCUGGAGUUUUGAACGAUGGACAGAAACCUGGAGUGCCAGGUGUCGCGUCCGGAAGGCUUCAGAAUCAGAAAAACGAUGCACAGCUGGCACAGUUGAGGAAAUCGAUAGCUGAAGUGAUUCAAGAACUUGUAAUGGGACCCAAACAAACUCCUAACAUAAGACGCGCGUUGUUACAAGACAUUGGGAAUCUUUGUUGGUUUUUUGGUCAAAGACAAAGCAAUGACUUUUUAUUACCGAUUCUACCCGCGUUUUUGAAUGAUCAAGAUGAGCUUUUGAGGUCGGUUUUUUAUAGACAAAUAGUUUAUGUUUGUUUCUUUGUUGGUCAACGGAGUGUUGAGGAGUAUCUUUUACCUUAUCUUGAACAAGCUUUAGUUGACCAGACAGAAGCAGUGAUAGUCAACGCAUUGGAUUGUUUAGCUAUUUUGACCAAAAGUGGCUUUUUACGCAAAAGGGUAUUGCUUGAAAUGAUUGAACAUGCGUUUCCUUUGUUGUGUUAUCCGAGUCAAUGGGUAAGAAGGUCAGUGGUGACAUUUGUUUCAGCAAGUAGCGAGAGUUUAGGUGCUGUUGACUCCUACGUGUUUCUUGUCCCACUUAUUCGUCCUUUUCUUCGUAGACAACCAUCUUCUUUAGCUUCCGAAAACGCCCUUUUCUCGUGUUUGAAGCCACCCGUUUCAAGAACUGUGUUUUACCAAAUCUUGGAGAACAACAGGAGUUCAGAUAUGUUGGAAAGACAAAGAAAGAUUUGGUAUAAUUCAUCUGCACAGGGUAAACAAAGUGAUGAUGUGUACAAUAAAGGUGUUCGAGAAUUGGAGAAAAUGAAAAUGUGGUCUGAUAGAAGACCCGAUUUUCAAGAUCAUAAACAUGUUUCCAAUAGUAUCCAAUCUUUUGGGCUUGGUGAAAUUCCAGGAUUGCCCUCGUUUUCGCGUACUGGUUCUGGAACAGUUGAUAUUUUGGAUCCUUUAUUUUCAGAUAAAUUGAAGUUUUCAGGGUUUAUGUCACCUCAAAUAAGUGGGGCGAAUAGUUUAGUGGGUGAAAAAUCUUCAGAUGGGAUUCCUUUGUAUUAUUUCAAAUACGAUAACAAAAGAUCACCCGGAAGUGCUUCUUCAUCUGCACCUGAAUCAUCAUCACAAUUAGACGGUUUGGAUUCCAUUCCGUCUCCCAGCCUUGUCUCGAGCUCAAUCGGAAUCACCAAUUCCACUCCGCAAUUCCACCGAGUUGUACACGAGCUGGAAGACCGGGAAUCGGAUCAAACCGUCCACCUCAGCAACAAAUUCCAAGACAUGGGAGUUUCCAGCACCCUAAAAGGAGGGAAUCCAAUCGUGGAAAACGACACCUCUCCUACCGAAAUACCAAGUUUACCCUCCUUCUCACGAACCCCCGGAAUCCCGGAUUCCGGUUGGCGUCCUCGCGGUGUGUUGGUAGCACAUCUCCAAGAACAUCGAUCUGCCGUCAACGACAUCGCUGUUUCCACAGACCAUAGCUUUUUUGUAACUGCAUCCGAUGAUUCCACUGUUAAAGUUUGGGAUUCUAGAAAGCUGGAAAAGGACAUUUCAUUCAGAUCAAGACUAACUUAUUGUCUAGAAGGAAGCCGUGCACUCUGUGCCACAAUGCUCCAUGGAUCUGCUCAAGUAGUUGUCGGAUCAUCCGAUGGAACAAUCCACAUGUUCUCAGUCGAUUACGUCUCCCGAGGACUCGGAACCGUUGUCGAGAAAUACUCCGGAAUCGCGGAUGUCAAACGGAAUGGAAUCGGAGAAGGUGCGAUUCUAACACUAUUAAACUACUCUUCACAUGGCGAUGAUGGGAAAAUGAUUCUUUACAGUACUCACAACUGUGGAAUCCAUUUGUCGGAUACGCGACAGAAUUCAAACGCAUGGAAUACGAAAGUGAUUCCAGAAGAGGGUUAUGUUUCUGCUCUUGUGACAAGUCCAUGUGGGAAUUGGUUUGUUUCAGGGUCUUCUAGAGGGGUUUUGACUUUAUGGGAUUUGAGAUUUGGUAUACCUGUGAACUCAUGGCAGUAUUCUGUUCCAUGUCCUGUUGAAGACAUGUGUCUUUUUGUCCCUCCUCAGAGUACCACAUUGUCAACUACUGUUAGGCCACUUGUUUAUGUUGCUGCAGGGUGUAAUGAAGUUUCUCUCUGGAAUGCAGAAAAUGGGAGUUGUCAUCAGGUGUUGAGGGUUGCGAAUAAUGAGAGUGAUGGUGAGAUUUCUGACAUGCCUUGGGCAUUGGGUAGAGCAUCUACAUCUACAUCUAGUAAGACAAAUUCAAAAGGUGAUUCUAGAAGGAAUGUGAAUUAUAAGUAUAGAGUAGAUGAGUUGAAUGAACCUCCUGCUAGAUCACCUGGAAUCCGUUCAUUGCUUCCUUUACCUGGUGGAGAUUUAUUAACUGGUGGGACCGACUUAAAAAUUCGUCGAUGGGAUCAUUGCAGCCCAGAUCGAAGUUAUUGCAUUUGUGGUCCAUCUAUUAAGGGAGUUGGGAAUGACGAAUUUUAUGAAACAAAAUCCAGUUUUGGGGUGCAAAUUGUGCAGGAGGCAAAGAGGCGACCAUUGGCAACUAGGCCAACUGGAAAGGCGGUUCUUGCUUCUGCCGCCACUGAUACAGGCGGCUGCCACCGCGACUCCAUCCUUUCUCUUGCUUCUGUUAAAUUGAACCAGAGACUACUUUUAUCAAGCAGCAGAGAUGGCACAAUCAAGGUUUGGAAGUAGAACAUGUAAUGUAAAUAAACAACAAUUAUUAGUAAUAGUUUGUACAUAUUAUUUGUUUAUAUUUAUUAGUUUUACAAACUUUGAUUAUCAGCUCUGUAUCCCAUCCCCACUAUAAUCAUUCUUAACUUAUAUUCCGGACAAA